GUGGUUUUACCGAAUGGUGAUAUCUUGUACACAGCUGGUGAAAGGCGAAGAACGAGGAAAUCAGCAGCUGGCUAUAAUUUGACGGCGUUAUUCGUUGGUUCAGAAGGUACACUGGGUGUGAUAACCGAGGCUGUCGUCAGACUACACGCACGACCAGCGUGUUUGAGUGCAGCCAUAUGCUCAUUUCCAACUGUACAUCAAGCAGUCGACGCUGUUGUGGCCACAUUACAGUGCUCGAUUCCAAUGUCCAGAAUUGGUUCGUUCGUUCGUUCGAGUGACUCUCAUCAAUAA